UACUUCCGGCAACAACACGGAAAACAAAACACGGAAACGAGCAGUUGCCAAAACGAAAGAGACUGAAAGAAAAAUAAGCAAACAUGACCCGGCAAAUAGAAUGGGCGAUGUGGGCAAACGAGCAGGCUGUAGCUAGUGCAUUCAUUUUGAUUUCUGGAGGAGCCAUUGGUGUAGCAGGUUUAUUCAAAGGUUGGGAGUUUGGAAUCUAUGGAAUCAUAGCUGGCAUUCUUGUGUUGGUAAUAGAGUACCCUCGAGGAAAGAGGAAAACCGGACAUUCUACUCAGGAAAGAAAGUGGCAAAGACCAAUGUCAAGAUUCCUGAACUGCUGUGGGCCAGUCACUCGCAAUUAUUUUGUUAGAUUUAUCAUGCAUCUAAUAUUGUGCGUGCCUGCUUGUUUUACUCUGGCCACACUGCUGGGAGGUGUGUGUCUUUUCAUCACAAGCAUGAUAUACAUGGUUGCUGCCUUCCGUGGGGAGGAGUGGAUAGCUGUAGGUUUGGAAGUGAAAGAAGAAGACCCAGUCAGGGAGCUAAAGUCCUUCAAACAGCCAAGGAAACCCCCACCACGGUUUCGUGGUCAGACACAGGAGGGGGACAACCGUGUAUGAGACACACACAACACUCACCAGCAAUGUGUUCACACACAACCAUUCUGCCUGGAGUCACUGGAAAAGUACUCUAAAAAAUCUCGGCCAUAUAACUCUAAACUAUAUAUUCUUAAUUAUUAAAUUACAAAUUACAACAUUACCAUCUGGUACCAACUUCAAAUAAAUUUUAUGAUUACAUUA